GACGUCAGAAGUGAAUCCGUUCUACCCAGCUGAUCUAGAGGUGCAGCUGACGCUCGGAGAGCUGGUUCCUGGUUAUUACUGUGUUUACCAGGCCGGAGAAGAUGGGCUGCUGCUUUAGUAAGGAGCUCGGCCCCGAGCCGCAGACUGAGAGGAGCGUUCUGUUAUCGCCGCCCCUCCAGGACGGGCUCAGCACGCUGACGGAGCAGGUCAGGAGGCAGGCUGAGGCCGUGGCCCACAGCGCCCGCCUGGAGGACCAGGAGCCGGCCAGGGAACAGGAUCGGCCCGACCCGGACUGCACCCAGGUGGCUCUGUCUGGCGGUGAGGCAGAACCGCAGCAGCCCCACAAGAGCCCAGAGGCCGUCAUCACCACAAAUACACGCACAGAUAUCAGAGCAAUGGCUACUGGGACGCGGGAGGCCAGUUCCGGCCGUGGGACGCCUCCCUACAUGGAGGUGUCCACCCAGAGUCCGCUCGGCCCGGAGACCCUGGAGACCGCCACGCACCGGGCCGCGGGGUUCAGCGGGGCGCCGGAGCACGGCGAGCAGGGAGGGCCAGAGCCGGGUCCCCAAUCGGGCCCCCAGGUCGCAGCAGGACUCCCGCUCAGCGCCGCAGCAACGCACCGCAGCUUCUACAGCAUCUGCCCCAUCGGAGCCGAGGAGCUGGAGCCCAGCUGGACCCAGACGGCUCUGCCCGGCACACCUGCAGCCAAUCAGAGGCCAGCAUGUUCAGGGACCAUGCCCACGCAGGUAUAGCCUGGUCACAUGACCUGGAAGUCAUAUCUGCUGACAAACUGGAUCCUGGCUCGGUUCUGGAGAAGGACGGAGUGUUCAAUCAAAAGGGUGAGGCCGCCUUGAGCGGCGAGGACCCUCAGGCAUCCACAGUGGACAACUAUCAGCUGAAGGACUUCGGCGCCACCACAGAAGAAGAAAACAUCCGCUUAAGGAAGAAAGAAGCAGAGCAAACCAGGGAUGGGUCUGGGUUCAGAGCGGAGCAGGAAGUCCAGAACCGUCCGGGUUCAAAGACCAUCGAGGUCCGAAUGUUGCUCCAGGAGGAAGAUGAGGAUGACCUUCCUCUGCUGGAGGGGCCGACCCUCCGACUGCGCCACACAGAGGUCAUCUGCAGGGUCAUCAAUGCUAGAGCGACCCCGACCCGACGUGGUCAGAACGCCACCCCGCUGGCUCCCGGGUCAGACUCCUUCCAUCAGGAACCCAAAGAGCCGACAGGAAGCACUAAGGCAGCGCUCUGUGAUGAAGCUUUGCAGGGGUCAGAGGUCAUCAUUCAGAGAAGCCUUGCAGAGGCUGGUGAUGCUGCCUCUGGUGUACAGGAACCAGAGGGUUGGAACCGGAUUGGACCUCAGAACCAUGAAGGUAUAAGCCACCAUCUCCCCAGUCGCUCUGGGCCGCCACCUUCCUCUCCUGUUUCCUCCUCUUCCUCACACGAGGAGACGCGGUCUGACAGGUUUACUCCAGCGGGUCAGAGACCCCCCCCCAGCCCAGAUCGGACCUCUGACUCGUCCUCAGACAGAAACAACAUGGAGGAGAUGAAGAGUUUACUUCCCGUUGCCCCAGACUGGAUGGUUACUGAUGCCAGCUGCCAGGAGAGUUCUGGUUCGGUGCCAGUGGACCCGGAUCAGAUCGAUGUCUAUGCCUCCACUCCGUCCUACGAGAUUCACUUCCUGAACCAGGAAGUCCCAGCCGCUGAGGAAGAGAAGGAGGAAGAGGAAGAGGUGGAGAAGGAGGGCGGGAUCAGGGACAUGGUGUCGGAGCUGCUGGGAGAACUGGCCGAGGCGUCCAUCUGCCGCCUGUACCCACAGCCCUGGAUCCGGCUGAGCCCGGACCAGAACACCGACGCUCUGGCCCAGGGCGCGUCGGAGGUGGACAGGACGAAGGGCGAGGAAGAGGAGCAGAUCCCGGCCCUGGUGUCAGAGCUGCAGCCCUCCAUGGCCCUGCUGGGGGCCUUCCCCUACAGCACGGCGACGCCCCAGGGGCCCUGCGUCUGGGACUGGCACACCACUGGCUCCCAGGCUGAAGCUGCUGCUGCUCCGUGUCUCAACCCUGAAGCUGAAGUAUGGAACGACCCCAACCUGAGCUUCCACAUCCCCGACCCAGACUACCAGCAGCUGCAGCAGCCGUGGCUGCAGCUCCCCGACAACCUGAACCACCAGGAAGGGUUUGUGUCGGAGUUUGAAGGGAACGUGGGCCUGGCGGAGGCCGAGUAUCUGACUCAAACGCCUGAAGCUCUGGCGGUGAACGGAGAGACCUCUGAUCCUCCGGUUACAGAUGAGAUCCGAGAGGAACUGAGCAGAGCUCUGGAGUCCUGCCUGACCAGGGAUUAUCUGAGCAGCGACCUGUACCUGAAGUCCCAGAUGGACAACGACCAGUACGUCUCUAUCGCCACGCUGGCCAGUCUGGACGGCAUCAAGAACCUCACCACAGACCUGGAGCUCAUCUCAGACAUUCUCAAAUCCAUGCCUCUGGUCCAGGUGGCCCCAUGCGGGCAGAAGGUCCGCCCCAGACAGAACCGCUGCGUUGUGAUAUUGCGAGAGAUUCCUGACACCACGCCUGCAGAGGAGGUGGAGGCUCUGUUCGAAGGAGAGAACCUGCCCAAAGUCCUGAGCUGUGAGGUCGUCAACAACGACAACUGGUUCCUCACUUUUCAGUCAGAGGCUGACGCUCAGCAGGCCUACAGGUACCUGAGAGAGGAGGUCCGGGUGUUUAAGGGGAAGCCCAUCAUGGCCCGGAUCAAAGCUAAGACUAUGGCCAUCGCCUCCUUCGCCCCCAAGAACGGCUACAGGCCCGUCCAGUUGGACCAGUGCAGCAGCCGCUACAGCUCCUACUUCCCCCCCACCACGUUCAACCCGUCGUGCCUCCCUCAGCAGAUGUUUGACCAGAACAACGAGGCAUGGCCCGCCACCGCGGCCCAGUACCAGGAGAACGUGGAGCCUGAGCUGCUGAUGAACAACCUGAUGAACGAGUUUCCAGCAGCUUCUUCCUUCAAGCCGCACGCAGCUCACAGACAGAGGAGGGGCUCCAGGAUGCUGAGCUGUGGCGACCGCUGGCAGACCCACCACUCGGACCUCUACCAGCCGUCGGAGCAGCCGUCUGCAGACCAAUACUCCUCUCCCUCCCUGAGGGCCCGGCGGGGCCGGCUGAGGGGCGGCCUGCGCCGGCAGAGCCGGGGCGGAAGAACAGAAUCCAACAAACAGGUUCUGGUGCCCCCCUCUGACCGGGGAAGUUACAGCAGGAGGGGAACCUUCAGCCAGAAGAGGAGAGAGACCGAGAAAUCCUUGGAGAGACCCAAACUGAACGCUGAGCCUCCUCCUCCUCCUCUGGAGCUCAGCCUGUCCAGCUUCCCCCCCCUGUCUACUGCAAAUGUUGCCACGGCGACGACACCUGCAGCUAACGACAGCGUCAAGAGUCCCACAAAAAGCAGCAGCUCAAACUCCUCGUCCUCAUCCUCCUCAUCAUCACUUCCUCCAGUGGAGCCUCAGCCGGCGUCUCUGCUGAAAGACGGGGACAGCGGAGAGACGACGGUGGAGGACAAACCUGUCCAGCUGCCACUGGAACCAGCAGCAGAGCUGAAGAAGCUGAGCUACGCUGAGAUCUGCCAGAAGGCUUCGUCCAACGAGGCGUCGGCGCCGCUGGCUGACCCCGCCCCCUCCGUGGAGUACCAGGCAUCCCAACAGCCUCUGCUGCCGCUGUGAGACAAAACCGGUCCGAUGGGAAUGUGUAGUUGUAUAGCUGGCUGUAUAUUUAUUAUAAAGAUUGAUCAGUAAGUAAAGUACCAGCCUUUACAAGCUCAGGAUUUUUAAUCUUAGAACUAUAAAAACUGCUGAUGCUGAAGAGAAAUUUUUAACACUUUCAUUUUUUGGCAGGGAACUGUUAAUAAUCUGUAAAUGUUUUGUAAUUCUUUAGUUUUGUUUCUUGUCUUGUUGGGCUCAGAGGAAUGAGAGCCAGGCAUUAUUUUCAGGUUUAUUGUAUUUGGCCGUCGGCUCUGGACAGGAAGUUCUGUCAGGAUUCUGUUUUUUAUUCUGAAUUUUUAAGUCUGAAGUGGAUCCUUCCUGUGUUUACAAGCCCAACAAUUAAUAACCAGAUCUGUAAGCCUUCCUGUAUGUUUGAAAGUACUGAAUACCAACUCUUUAUUGUUGCUCUGACUGUUUUAUUUAAUUUUAAACAUGGAUUCAGUUUUAUUUGUGUUAAACUGGCCUGUUUUAGUUGUUGACUUAUUUAACUUGCUGAGUUUUGACCGCUGAGCGUCCAAGAACAAACUGAUUCAACUUGAAGAAAUGUUUUUUCUUUUGAUUGUAAAGAGACAAAUGUUGUUUUCUGAUGUGAAGUUUGAAUGUAAAGCUGGCACCACUGUGACAUAUGUUGCUGUGUACAAAUGUACAGAAUGCUGAACAGAAAUAUAUUAAAGAAGUGCCUUUACAAGGAA